GGAGACCAGCCAGCCAUGUGUCCAGGGGCGCCGGUCGCGGCGGCGGCGUCGGACAAGAGCGUGUGCGUGAUGGACGCCUCGGGCCCGCUCGGCCACGCGCUCGUGCACCGCCUCCUCCGCCGCGGCUACACCGUCCACGCCGCCACCUACGGCCGCUCACGCGACGACGAGGCCGCCCUGCUCGCCGCCAGCAGCCAGGGGGACCGGCUCAAGCUCUUCCGCGCCGACCCCUUCGACUACCACAGCAUCGCCGACGCCGUCCGCGGCUGCUCCGGCCUCUUCUGCAUGUUCGACGCGCACGACCAGGCGCCGGCCGACGAGUUCAUGGUGGAGGUCGAGGUCCGGGCGGCGCAGAACGUGCUGGAGGCGUGCGCGCAGACGGACGCCAUGGAGCGGGUCGUCUUCACCUCCUCCGUCACCGCCGUCAUAUGGAAGGACGACCACAAACUCGUCGACGCAAUCGACGAGAGGAACUGGAGCGACCUCAACUUCUGCAGGAAUAAAAAGUUCUGGCACGCUCUGGCCAAGACACUGUCGGAGAAGACGGCCUGGGCCUUGGCAAUGGACAGAGGGGUGGACAUGGUGGCCAUCAACGCCGGCCUGAUCACCGGGCCGGGGCUCUCCAACGCGCACCCUUACCUCAAGGGAGCCGCCGACAUGUACCAGAACGGCGUCCUCGUCACCGUCGAUGCCGAGUUCCUCGCCGACGCCCACGUGGCAGCCUACGAGUGCCCCACGGCGUACGGCCGUUACCUCUGCUUCAACAACGCCGUGUGCCGGCCCGAGGACGCUGUCAAGUUCGCCCACAUGCUCUCCCCGUCCGCUCCACGCUCCCUGCCGAGCGAUGAGCUGAAGGUGGUCCCGCAGAGGAUUCAGAACAAGAAACUGAACAAGCUCAUGGUGGAGUUUGCUAGCGCCAUAUACGAAGAGUAGGGUUAGGGAUUCGAUUUAUUCAUUGGUUCGCAAGGGCAACUAGGAUUGUAUUCUUUCUGUACCUAAUAUAUGUAUUCUUUUUCUCCUCAAGAGGGAGUUGGUCUGAUGUACAUAUCGUCAUGUACAUGGCCAAGCGUGCCACGUGUGUUCCAACUCUUACCAGGGGUAAGAGCAUUUCAGUGAGUGCUUACCAAGGUAAUCCUUAGGUCCAGCAGAAGGGAAAUAAACCUGCAGUUGGGUGCUACUGCAUGUGUACAGCAAAUAUAUUUAUGAAUGUGAUGGAGAAAUGUUGAGAGCUUAAAGGCAUGAGAUUGAUGGAAA